UCAAUUUUCUUUCUAAAAUGCAAUUCGCAGUCACCAAACUACCUCAAAUGGUGAAGGGUGUAUUACCUCAAAAAUUUGAAUAGCUUGUGUAUAUAGAUCUGGUUUUGCAGAGUAUCAAUUAAAUGAAAAAUGCAGAGAAAGAUUUAUUUUUAUUGUCUUCUAAGCAUUUUUACUUAAUCACUAAUUAUUAUGAACAAUGCACUUAUGAAGAAAUGAAAUCGGAAUUAAAAAAGCUAUAAAUGGAAGAUUUGAAGAGCAUUUUGCUAACUAAUGCAUAAGAGAUAUUGAAAUCAAAACAAAUUUCAGUAGCCAAUUUCAUUUCCAUCAUCCCCAUUUUGAGUAAGAAUUUUAAUUUGAAUGAAUUUUCGUAUUUGAUCGAAGAACAACUAAAGGAAAUGCUUGUAGUUGUAAAAGAUCGCAAUGAGUGCAAGAAGUUCUCCAACAUUAGUCUAACCAGAUUUUGCAAAUCCAUGGGAUACUUAUUAAGAGCUAUCGAUAACCAAAAUCUUAAACAACACUAUUAAAGUUUUAUAUUUUAGAUCAUCUUAAACAAGCCCAAUACAUAAUUGAGACACAUAUACUCCAUGCUCCAUUAACUGCAAUUUAUUAAAUACAACUAAAUCAUUUCCUAUCUGAAUUAGAAACAAUUGGCUGUCGAAGCCUCUAAGUUCAUUCUAUAAAGAUUUAGAGCUCAACUUAAUCUUGAACCUGAAAUUUCAUAAAAUCCAGAAUUUUAUUCACAACUAUCCUCAUUUCUAAUAAAGACAAAUUACUUGUCCUAAGAGGAUGCCUUAUUCAUAGAAGAAUAGUUGUUAAAAAAUGUCUAAUUCAAGGAAGAAAAAGUCGAAUUUGCCUAUUUGAAGCUUAUGUUUUGUUAGUUGGGUAAAGUGGGAGUUGGAGAAAAAAUAAUCAAAAAAAUGCUUAAUGUUCAUAAGAAGAUGCAAUUGGAAAAGGAAUUCCUACCUUAUUAUUUGAUGUCUCUCUUGUAUUUUCAAGCCAGUCGCAUAAUGGAUUAAUUCAAGUUGAAUCCCACUAGAUAAAACAUGGAAAGACUCAUUAAGGAACCUCAUUUUGCUUAACCUUUAAUUGAUCAAGCGCUUGAAGCCAUCAAAGAUUUUGGAUAUGCCUAAGUCGCCUUCCCCUAAGAAUCAAUUAAUUAAACUAAGAUCUGCUAGGCUCUAUUGAAAUGCUUCAACGUUAAAUUAUUUGAAGAAGAAAAUAUCGAUGUCUCAUCUAUUCAAAAAAAUUCUACACCAGGAAGAACAAAUGAAAUAAAUAGUGACGUUGAAGAUUUUCUAUAAUCUAAAGGGAUUCAAUACAUUAAAGAAUAUUCUGAUGGAUCCUAUUCGUAUGAUUAUUGGAUACCUAAUAUGAACACUAUUAUUGAGUGCGAUGGAUCCUUCCAUUACCAAACUAAUUCCUAUGAUAAAAAGGAUGGUUCAACCUCGGCAAGAGAUUUCCUCAUUUUGAAUUCAAAUCGAAAGCUUAUAUCAAUCAAUUGGUUUAAACAAAGAGAAAACAGGUUUAAAGAAGACAAAUUUGGAUAUAUAUCUUAAUUAUGGAGUAAAAUAGAAAAGAACCCUGAUAUUAUCUAUGCUGAAUGAAUAUUUAUUAUUGAGUUCAUUAUGUUACAUAUGUCAAUUAAUUAUUUUACAUAAUUA